AUGGAGACUCUGCGCAACGUCGUCUCCGGCCUCUCUCAGCGAUUCUAUGCCAACGCAGAGAUCCUCCACAGGAUUGUCUCUGGCCAGGGGCCUCCCGAAUACGCCUUCAAUCCCGACGAUUCGAACUCCAUCCAUGCAGCUAUCCGCGAGUUUCUCAAGGAUUCACAGAGUUUCUACAAGGCGGUGGACUGGACCGAGCCCUUCCUGCUUGCUUUCGGGCUCCUGCACAUCGCCAUAUUUAUUGCAGCCCUGUUGGCUAGAAAGUCGCUGAACGGGACGAUCGUCGUCUUCUUUGCCAUCGGGCUACUCAUUAUCCUGGGCGAGCCGCUCAAUCGCCUGGCAUCCAAACACCAUGCCGCAUUUGCCAACACCAACUAUUUCGACGCCAAUGGGGUCUUUAUGACGACGGUGUUUUCACUCCCGCUCCUGAUCAAUAUGCUGGUUGUCUUGAUCGUGAUGCUCGGCCAUCUGUUUUCAGUCAUGGCCAAGGCUAAGGCCGCCCAACUCAAGUCCCAGAAUCACAGCAACAAGCGCAAGAGUGACUGA